AUGACGUCUGUUUUCUUUGAUUCUGCCCGUUACGACAAUAGUUUUGUAGUUUUAUUUGUUUCUUUCCUUCUUUCUUAUCUUUCUUUUCUUUUCCUUCUCGCUUUUCAAUUAUACUUUCUUUUUUCUUUCUUUUCUUUCUUUCUUUUCUUUCUUUCUUUUCUUUCUUUCCUUCUUUCUUUUCUUUCUUUUCUUUUCCUUCUCGCUUUUCAAUUAGUAUUCUCUAUUUUUGCUGGGGUUGGAUUCUAUUCUUUUGACAGUACUUUCUUUUUUCUUUCAUUCUUUCUUUUCUUUCUUUCUCUCUUUCUUUCCUUCUUUCUUUUCUUUCUUUCUUUCUUUCUUUCUUUCUCUCUUUUCUUAUCUUUUCUUUCUUUCGUUUCAUACUUUCUUUUUUCUUUCAUUCUUUCUUUUCCUUCCUUCUUUUUUUCUUUCUUUUCUUUUCUUUCUUUCUUUCUUUCUUUCUUUCAUUCUUUCUUUUCCUUCCUUCUUUCUUUCUUUCUUUUCUUUCUUUCUUUCUUUCUUUCCUUCUUUCUUUUCUUUCCUUCUUUCUUUUCUUUCUUUUCUUUCCUUCUUUCUUUUCUUUCUUUCUUUCUUUCUUUCUUUCUUUCUUUCUUUCUUUCUUUCUUUCCUUCUCUCUUUUCUUUCCUAUCUUUUCUUUCUUUCGUUUCAAUUAUACUUUCUUUUUUCUUUCAUUCUUUCUUUUCCUUCUUUCUUUCUUUCUUUCUUUUCUUUCUUUCUUUCUUUCCUUCUUUCUUUUCUUUCCUAUCUUUUCUUUCUUUCGUUUCAUCUUUCUUUUCUUUCUUUCUUUCUUUUCUUUCUUUCAUUCUUUCUUUUCUUUCUCAUCUUUUUUUUUCUUUUCUUUCUCUCUUUUCAAUUAACUUUUUUUCAUUUCUCCAUUCAUACCUGUAUAGUAAUAGAGGGAUGACUAAAACUUUGUUUAGUUCAUUUUUCUUUCUUCCUCUUUAUUAUUGUCGUUUUUUCUUUCUUUCUUUCUUUCUUUCUUUCUUUCUUUCUUUCUUUCUUUCUUUCUUUCUUUCUUAUUACCGUUUCUUUCUUAUUCCUUCUUUCUCCUUUCUUUCUUUUUUACUUUUUUUUCUGUCUUUCUUGCUUUUCUUUUAA